UGGAAGCGAAGAGACGUGUAGCUCCGCGCUCCCCUCACUUAGCCUUUCGAGAGACGCAAGAAACACCAAUCUGAGAACGUCUUAAACUAUGGAUAUAGUGUCAGUGUGCUGUGAUUUGUGAUUAGGAAGCGAAAAGAGUGUAGAAGCAAGGAUUUAGAUUUGCAACCGAGUGACUAUGUACUGAUAUCUUUUUGCUUGUGCGUGAGUGAGUAUCAGCGCGAGAUGCUGGGUCCCACAGGAAUGCCCCGCGUCGGCCACUCUGUGACCUGGUCUGACCGGGAAGUGAGCGUCUUGUCUCCCCCGGUGCCGCACAUCCUGGUCAGUUCCGAGGGCUCCGCCUUGUCACGUCUUGACCGCUACUUCGACCCUCAGCCUCCGCCGCGGCCCGCCAAGCCCGUGGGUCUGCUGCCUAAGCCCGGGCCCGCGUCCCUCUCCAAGCCCAGCCAGCAGCCGCCGCAGCCAGCCAGCGGGCCUCCGCCCCUCAUCGACGGCGCCGCCUGCAAGACGUCCACCUGGACCUACAAGCACGUGACAUCGGCUCGCAACUCGGGCGUCUCGGACAUCGAGAAAGGAGCGCGUUUCCGGCCCGAGCGGCGCGAGCGGCGCCCUGUGCAGAAGCUACAAUGGCGGGACAGCGCCUGGUCCAGGGGGUUCACGCCGCCAAAAGACGACUACCUGGACCUUGACACGCGCAUGACAGGCUCGUCCUCUGCCGACGGGACGCCACGCCACGCCAUGAAGCGCAUCCUGCUCCUGACGGAGAACUACCAGUACCGCGACGCGGCCGCCUUCAUCCAGCGCCUCCCGGCCGCCACCUUCAAAGCCAUCCUGUCCGACCUGCCCAUCGACGUGCUGGUGGACGCCAUGCCGCACUCGCUGCCCAUCGUCGAGGCCCUGUACUGCAAGGUGGCCGAAACGGCGAGCGCCGUCGCGGGCUCCACGCGCAUCCUGCGCCCUGAUGCCGUCGUGUGGCAGAUGGUGCGCUUCUUCGCCCAGCAGGAGGAGUGCCUCACGGGGGACAUCCGCUGGGAGUUCUGCGGGCCCUUCGUCACCUCGUGCAAGAAGGUGCUGCGGGUCAUCUCCCGCUCGGAGCCCAAGAUCCGCAAGACCCUGCAGCUGCGAAGGAAGCAGCUGGAGAAGGCCAUAGAGGGCAUGGGGCACCACGGCCUGGUGGGCACUUCGGACGAGUCCCUGCAGAGCCUGCACGACGCCCUCAAGCUGGAGUUCGAGAGGGUGGUCAAGUCGUACACGCAGGCGCUGGAGAAGCUGGAGGAGCUGAGCCUGAGCAACAAGGCGUCGGUGCAGCGCAGCAUCAGCCACGGGCCCGCCCCCGUGCAGGCCUCGCACCAGAGGCAGCUCUCCAUCACGCAGGAGGAGGUGCAGCAGAGGCUCAUCAAGAACAAGACCCUCUUGAACGUGGUGGAGCCGACGCUGGGCAACCACUCCCUCGACGUCCUCCUCGGGAUCCUCCAGCGCCGCAUCGAGUACGACAAGGAAUCCCUGUUCCAGUUCACGCAGCUACGCAAGGAAGCCAAGGAGGUCGACGGCAAUGCAGUCAUCGCUCCGAUCCUGAUGCGCUACUCACACGGAUGCGAACAGGUGCUGGAAAUGCUAAAAGAAGCUAUGGAAGAAGAUGGAGGUCACGCUACCAUGGAAGAGGAUGAUGGCAGUGAUGUCAGUGGAUACCAUAGCGAUUCAGACUCAGCUAUAAUGAUGUCAGGGAAUUCACCUUACGUCAGCAAACACGCAAGGUUCAACUUCCUCACAAGAUCAGUCCGAGACCGAGCGCGCGUGGGCAUCCGCAGCUCCCUCCCGUUCUCGACUGCCGGAAUGGCCGCGGGAGCCUGUUCGUCGGGCCUGUCCUCCGGCUCGUCGGACACGCAGAGCCAGUCGAGCGGCGGCGACCACAAGAGCGACACCCCGACUCCCGAAGGCACCAGGAAGAACGGCGAGGGCUCUUCUUCGUCCUCGUCCUCGUCAGCGUCUUCGUCAACGUCCGGCGUGGCUUCGGGCGUGAGCGUGCGCUGCGGGAAGGGACACGAGCUGCCGGUGACUGCUGGAGCGAGGGAAUCCGCUGCCCUGCGUCAGGAGGUGGAGACGCUGCGUGCAGAGAUCACGAAGGCAAGACAGACCAUCUUGCACAUGCAGGAGCGAGAGAAGAAGCUCAAGGAGAGACUGGGCGAACGGGCGUCGCGCGGGCUGGAGCGCAGUGGGGGCGGAGGUGGGCGUGUGGAGAACCUAAGCCUGGGGGAACGACGCCCAUCCGCCCUCGUCCGUCGCUAUGGCAACCUCUACGCCCAGGCCAGGGUGGAUACACUCGACGCUCUGGAUGCCCUUCCGGAUCUCAAAAACGCGGAGGAACUCAAGUCGAAGCUUCUGUUUAGCGUCGUUGUGCUGGCCUUCCGCUCAGCCUCGGCAUCUGCAGCAUCCCUACGAGAGGAAGUCAGGCGUGUGAUGCAAGUCCCUCCCCCUCCGCCCACGGGAGACAUACACAGCCAAGACCACUACGCCCACGACCCCCACACCCACGCUCUGGAGGUGGGCGUGUCGGCUUUCCUCACCGCCAACAUCGAUAAGCACGACUUGACGAAGAAUGUGGAUGAGGUGUGCCAGCAGAUCUGGGCGACGCUGUACGACUACCCGGCCCUCAAGUCGUGCGAGGGCCUCCUGCAGUACAUCAAGGACUGCGUGCGCCUGGCGUGGGGCCUCAGCAACCAGACGCCGGCCUUCGUGAUCGACUACGAGACGCGUGUCUUCAGGAAGGAGUACCACGUCCGCUUCCACACCGCCGACCCCGAGAGCGACGCCAUCAAGACCUACCUGUGGCCGGCGCUGCUGGAGGGCCCCGGGGGAACGUGCGUGCAGAAGGGCGUCGUCAUCACCUAAGGGUUGGACGUCGGAGGAGGGGGCGCCUCGCGGGUGUCGAGGCGUCGCUGGGGAGCAAUCGUCGGGCGGAGGGUCGAGAACUAGGGUCCCCCCCCUCACCCCUACCCCCCCUCAUCACCCUGGACUGCAUACUGUACAUACAUUUCGCUGUACAUAAUAACUGUACAUUACUCUACGUACAACAGGAAAGCAGAAGCUCCACGCAAAAAAAGAGAAAAUAGUGGAGAACUUUGUAUACUACGAAGAAAUAAUGUACUCAGUUUCUCUAUAUAUGUAUAUCUUUACCGAAUGUGUAUUAUACUAACUUGUAAUUAAGUUAAUUAGGGAAGUGGAUAUUGCUGUUUAGGCUCAUUAUGAAAUCUUAAUUGAAGUUUAUUGUUUGUUUUGUUUAUAAGGAAAGAGUACAGUUGGACUUUUGAUGUAUAAAUGAAGGUUUAAUGAUGUGGUUGGAUGAUUGACUGUUCUCUUUGUUAAAUGAAUUUUCUUUUAUAGUAUAGUUGUGUAUAUUGGAAAGAUGUUCGUGUGUAGUGAUUUUUGUAAAUUUAUGAAAUAAAAAAAAAAGGUAGGAAAAGCAUGUUUGAAACGAGUUAUGUUUCACUCAAGCUUGAUUUUUUUCGUUUUUUAUUUUAUUUUUUCUUUGUCUAAUAUUCAUCCAACCUUCGUGUUUGUUGUACUUAUACUGCAUAUUCUUUUCCAUCAAAUUUUCUCUUUUUAUUCAAGAGAAAAUUUUUAUGUAUUUUUUUUUUAUUAUUAUUAUUUUUUUUUUUAUGAGGUGUCUCUAGGUCUUUGUUAAAAAGGUGUUUUUUAGUAUAUUCCGAGUCGAAUAUACGAAAUAGAAGCGCCAUAUCUAUAUGGAUAUUUUUUUAUAUAUAUUUUUUAAAACGAGUAACGUCGAUUUGUAAAAAGAGACGAAAAAAAAUGAAAUUUAAUGAUUACGCCCUACAAUUAACUAUCUAAUUUAUAUAACUUAAUCUAAGUUCUUUGUCUAUUCCUUCUUUUGUGUUCUCGUCUGUCUCUCUUAUUUAUUCGUUCUUGUUAUUAUUUAUCAGUACACUCCCAUAGCUUUAACGUGCGGAAAUAUUCUUAAUAAUUUAGAAG